AUGGAUAUUCUGAGAGCCAAGCUAUUUCCAAAGCAUGCAGCCAUGCUCUUGAGAGAUCAGGUGUUAAGAACAGACAAGGAGUGGAAUGUUCUUUCACAUUCAAAUGGUCAACCAGCUGCUUUCUUAUUUACCUUGAUGAAUCCUGAUAAUUAUUUGGCUGCCAAAUAUCAGAAUAGAAUUCUCACACAAGAUGAAUUAGAUAAGUCAUACGUUGAAACCACUAAAUCGCUUCUCAACGAAAGGGACGACAUUUAUUCGAAUCUAGACGAUUGGUUCAAGAGAGAACUCUCAGAUCUAGAUAGUAACAAGGAAGAUCUUGAAGAAUACUUUUCCUAUUUCAAACAACAUGAUACUAUCAGCAUGCUCAAAGUCCAUGAAAAUAUAUACGAAAGAUGGAGUCAAUUCUCUUUCAUUGAAAACCCAGAACAACCACAAAAACCAACCAUCACAUCUCAAAACAAAGAUCGUUCUCACUUUGUCCUCAAUGUAAAAGUACUCGACGAAGAUUAUGCCAAGGAACAUCCAACAAAACCACCACGUUACAUUCCAGGAGGAACAAUAGCCUUCUCUGUCAAAACUCAAUACAUUGAUGGUAAGGAAUACAAAGUUGGUUUGGCUGGUUCUGGGUGGUGUAACAAAAAGUACAGAGAUCAUGGUGCUGAUGUGAAAUUCUCUGCUUGGUACAUGAAAAUUCUGUUAAUGUACCAACUUGGUAUCAGAUAUUGUUAUGCUCAUGUUUUUGCUGACAACGCAAAGAGUUUGUCUUAUAUUUCAAAGAGUGGAAUGGUUCCAUCUCGAUUCAGGUUAAAGUUCCUUGGGUUCAAUACAAAUAUUAGUGGAAAGGAUGAGGUCAGAAAUAAGGAAUUGAUUCGCACACAAAAGCAAAUUAACGAAGUUGAAGAAUCAAAUGCUGCUUCUGAUCAAUCUGCUCAAUUAGUUUCUUUGGAAGAGUACAAGACUUUGAUGGAAAGAGUGUAUGGGAAGGCAAACUUUUUGAUUACUCAACUCGAAAAAUUGUACUACCAUCCAAAUUUUGCUGGUUGUUUUGUAGAUCCUCAAAAUCAAGUCACUUUCCAACUUUGGAGAGCUAAAUAUUCAGUCGACCAAAAGACAAAGGCUCAAAUGCCUGCAUUUGUUGUAUACAAUACCAGUCAUACAACUAACUGUAACAAGAAACUAACAGAAUCUCAGUGUGAAUCUAUCAUUAAUUCACUCACUCAAAAGAUCUUACCACAAAUGUGUGGCAAUGUGGAUACCAAAUUAGUCAAUUUGGUCUUUGCUACUCACGGUGGAUCAAUGUAUAAAUAUCUCUUAAAGAGAUACUCUGAUUUGGAUAGCAUUUCAUAUGCUUCCUUGUAUUAUACACUUCAAGAUAAUAUGAAAUUCAUCAAGAAGGUGAAUCCAGAAACUGAUCCAGUUGCAAGAUUCCUUCUCCUUCCGCCUCAACCAUCCUCAAAUCCAGAUGAAGAGGAACAUAACUUGUUUUUGGAUGUAAGAGAUUGCACCGGUAAACCAAUGAUUUGGUCCAACCAAAUUAGGGAUACUGAAAUGGAAUGCUUGAAUGAGGAUAAGGGUGUUUUCAAAGUAAUAGAAACUCCAAAUGCUCCAUUCAAAACUUCCAAGCUGUAA